GGAUUCUCAUUGGCACAGUCUCAUUUGGGUGUUGUGCUGUUGUCAUCCUGAAAAGCAGCUAUGGCAAAGCGAGAAGUCAUGUCGUACAUCUAUAGCUAUGAGGAAGAUAACUUCACCAGUUAUGAGAAUGAAACGCCCUACAUUGUGGAUCCAACGACGUUAUCAUGCGAGAAGGAACCACUGCCUCCUACAACAGCUUUGACCCUGUGUGUCAUCCUCAUAGCCAUCUUUUUACUGGCUGUACCAGGGAACCUGUUGGUGGGCUGGGUGAUCAGCACCAGCAGAAAGGCACUCACUCCAUCGGAUGCGUACUUGUUUCACCUGACAAUAGCAGACGGUCUGUUGGCCCUAACCAUCCCGUUCAUGGCUGUUGAACUGAUUAAAGGAUGGAUCUUUGGGGACUUCAUGUGCAAGUUCCUCAGCCUCGUCACGGAGGCAAACUUCUACACCAGCAUCAUCUUCCUGGCCUGUAUUAGCAUCGAUCGCUACCUUGUGAUCGUGCACGCCAGCGGGAACCUCCGGAGUCACCAGAGGAAGUGCAGCCGGCUCCUGUGUGCCGCAGUGUGGGCCCUUGGUUGGGCCCUCGCUCUGCCCGCGCUUUUCAAAGACGCCUCCAAGUUGACUUGCAGCGAGACCUUUGACAUCGGCAGCGCCACCUCAUGGAGGAACGCCACUCGCGGGUUCCGUCACAUUUUUGGCUUCUUGCUCCCUCUGGUUGUCAUGGUAACCUGCUACAGCAUCACCAUCGAGAGGCUGCUGCGCACCCGUGGUUUCCGGAAGCACCGGGCCAUGAAGGUCAUCAUAGCCGUGGUGAUUGUGUUCCUGCUGUGCUGGACGCCGCACCACUUAACCAUGAUGAUAGACACUCUCAUGAGGACUGAUGUGAUAUUGUUCAACUGUGCUUUCAGGAGAGCCGUAAACUUUGCUUUGGUUUUUACCCAAAUCCUGGCUCUGUCCCACAGCUGCAUCAACCCUUUCCUCUAUGCCUUCGUGGGAGAGAAGUUCAGGGACAAUAUGAUGCAACUUGUUAAUAGGAAAGCCAGACAGGAGAGGAUGUCGGGGUCAAAGUUCAGUAGGUCCACAUCUCAGACUUCAGAAGGCAACGGAACUCUUCUCUAAAACCACAAUAGACUUUUAAAAAAGUAUUUCCAUCUGAAGUCAGAAAAUCCUUGAAUGGCAAGGACUGUUUUAGAGUCGCUAAUUCUUUACUUUGAUUUGUGGUGCACUGCUGCCAUCUAUUGACUUCCCUGUUGUCUACAUCCAUUAUGAAAACUCUUGGGAUUUCCAGCCUCUGAUUUGAUCAAGUCACAAGUCAUUUUCCCAUCAAUUUCCAUUUUCCUUACUCAAGAAUUGACCACUAGUUGUAUUCUGGAUCUGCUUUUUAUUGUUUUUUGUAAUGAAAGAAUCUAAGACUGCAUGUAUUGCCCCAGGAGGAAUUCAAGCCUUACUCCUGACAGUGUUUUAUCGUCCAGCUGAUAUUUCUGUGUUCAUUUAUUAAUGCUAGAAAGUUAGAACUGUAAAUACUGCUUUCUUUUUCAAUAAAAGUGCAAAUGCCAUUCACAUUUCAAGUGCUGACAAUUUGAUCAUUACAAAUAAAAGGCUUUUCAAUCUUU